GAUGAGACGCUGGUCCAGUCUGGGACCUCAAAAACAGCUGGAAUCUGGAACUGAGCCUAGAAAAUAGUCGAAGACAAAACCUGGGCAUUAGCUAACUGGGCUAAAAGGUUGCUUCUCACUAGGGUGUCAAGAAUAAUGCUGACUGAAGAUGGAUGCUCCUGAGUACUUGGAUUUGGAUGAGAUUGACUUCACUGAUGAUUCAGUGUAUUCUGUGACAUCCUUGAAGAACAUUCCAGAGCUGUCCAGAAGAAACGAUGGUCAGGGAGAAGAAAGACAAGCCCCAGCCAUCAACUGGAGCCGUGGUGUGUCGUCACAUAGUGGCGGUGGAAUCAAGCCGACCGGCAUCGCCGACGUCCACAGCAAAUUCCGGCCUGUGAAGAGGGUCUCGCCACUCAAACAUCAACCGGAGACCUCUGACAACGAGAGUGACAACGAGGCUCAGGCUCACAAUGGGGAAGGCAGUAGCAAAGAAGAAGCCUCAGACAAAACACCUGCAGCCUGCGAAGGCCAGGGAUUUAAAGCCAAGAGCCUGGGAACCGGAGGAGCUCUUUUUGGGGAGCUGGAGCACUACGACCUGGACAUGGAUGAGAUACUGGACGUGCCUUACAUUAAAUCCAGCCAACAUGUCUCUACUCUUCCCAGAGUUCCACAUGACAAAAGGACGGUGGGUGGCGGUGGCAACGCCAGUGACAGGUGCCACGGCGUUAAGACCUCCACGCUUACCCACCCUGAGAGCCUUGCAAGUGUCACCCAGUACUGUAUGCUUUCGCCCGUCAAAUGGUCUGAUAUGAGGAAGUUGAAAUCUCUGGACCCGGACAAUCACCGGCCACCCGCUGGGGGCUAUGACCACUCCACACCAGGAUCACUUAGCAGUUCCUCUGCCUCAGACAUAGAUAAACUUUUAGCCAACAGGGCCUACCCAGAGACACAGGCACACAAGACAGGGGCUGACACCCCUGGGAGCAGCCAGGCUAUGAUGUUCCCCCUCCAGGGCUGUGCUGGGUCUAGGCAGGACAGCAGUAAGACCUGGAACGGUACAAGACUGCACGGAGAGUGUGAUGACGAGACCAAGAAAUCCCAGAACAUCAUCAAUAUCAUCCGAGAGGGGCAGAUCUCUCUGUUGCCUCACCUGGCCGCUGAUAACCUGGAGCUGAUCCAGGAUGAGGAGGGGAACAACCUGCUCCACAUCUCUGCGUCCCAGGGCCACGCUGACUGCCUGCAGCACCUCACCUCCCUCAUGGGAGAGGACUGCCUCAACGAGCGCAACAACCACCAGCUUACACCUGCUGGGCUCGGGGUGAAGAACGGCCAUUUGGAGUGUGUGCGCUGGAUGGUGAGUGAGACGGAGGCCAUCGCCGAGCUAAGCUGUAGCCGAGAGCACCCCAGUCUCAUCCACUACGCAGCCCGCUACGGACAGGAAAAGGUUCUGCUGUGGCUGCUCCAAUUCAUGCAAGAGCAAGCCAUUUCUCUGGACGAAGUGGACCAGUACGGAAACAGUGCAGUGCAUGUAGCUGCUCAGUACGGCCAUCUCACUUGCAUUCAGACCCUGGUGGAGUACGGCUCCAACGUCACCGUGCAGAACCAGGGCGGCGAGAGGCCUUCCCAGAGCGCCGAACGGCAGGGCCACACCACCUGCGCCCGCUACCUGGUGGUGGUGGAGACGUGCAUGUCGCUGGCCUCCCAGGUGGUCAAGCUCACCAAGCAGCUCAACGAACAAGCAACAAAGACGAAUGCUCUACAGAAUCAAGUUCAGCUACACCUGGAUCCCUUAAAAGCAGAGGGAACUUUGCCACGAUCGCCCAGCUCCCAUGUCCCAUCUGUGGAGGCGUGGCCUGAAAUGACCCUGACCGCAGAGGGGACCCCCGGGGAUGGCCACUGGAUCCUGAGGCAGAGGAGCGUCGACUCAGACACUGUCCUGCGCCAACUACUGGGUAAAGACAUCUCAGACAAGGUGUGCACCAAGGAGAAGCUGUCCCUGGAGUUCCAGGAGGGCUCCAAAGCGGGGCCUCCUAGUCUGAACGGGGCCAACCCUGGGCCCCUGCGCAGGAUGGGGGUGGUGGAAAGACGGGAGCUGAAGCUGGCCAGACUCAAGCAGAUCAUGCAGCGCUCUCUCAGCGAGUCCGACUCGGACACCUACCCCCCUGAAGAGGCCAAACAUGCCCCCCCCCCAGGGGUGCGCCUAGAGAGACCCAGCCACCUGCCCAUUGCAGAGAGCGAGGAACCUGUCGGCAGCCUGCAUCUGGGCAUGAAGAAGCACACCUCGACCACCGAGCACAAGUCAGCUUUCGCCCUCAGCACCUCCAAGUCCAUGGAUGGAUACCCCUCGCCCACAUCGGACAAAAGCGAGCUUGACGCUGACGGGAAAACGGAGGCCGGUGGAGAUUUCCCCGACUACAACAAUGGACAAAAGAUCACGACGAGCCCCAAAAGUGCACUGAAAUCGCCUACCUCUCGAAGGAAGACCUCCCAGAACCUGAAACUGAGGGUGACCUUUGAUGAGCAGGUGGUUCACAAGACGGGGCCACCAGAGAGUGAGCCGCCCAAGGGUGCCCACAGUAAAGAAGGAGCCGGAGGUAGGACUCCCACAGGGUCUGAGACGGUGAAGCGCCCGUUCGGGACAUUCCGCUCCCUAAUGGAAUCGCUGAGUGGAAAUCAGAACAGCAACAAUAAUAAUGUCCAAACGUCUCCCUCUGUCAAACAGUCAAGCUGUGGUGUGUCCCAGGGCUCGCCUGGCAGGAAAACUGAGGUUAAAACCAGUCCAUGUGGGCACUCCAAGGGCAAGAGCAAAGCUAGUGCUGUUUAGGGGCCUUUGUUUUUUUUUUUUAAAGGACACAAUAAAAAGCAUUGUACUUUCUCUCACAGUAUUUGAUCAACUUGACAAUUUAUCUGUAACUGAAGUGUCCUCUGAAGUAUCCAAUACAAUUGUAUUAGAGUAUGUAUACUUAUGCACACACAGUUAUACCAUUGGUAAAACAAUCUGUGGUUUUUCUCAUGCACUUAAUGUGCACUAGCACAAAGCGUAUACACUGAAUUAAAAAUAUAAACGCAACAUGCAACAAUUUCAAAGAUUUUACUGAGUUACUAUUCUUAUAAGGAAAUCACUCAAUUGAAAUGAAUUCAUUUGGCACUAAUCUAUGAAUUUCACAUGACUGGGAAUAGAGAUAUGCAUCUGUUGGUCACGGAUACCUUAAAAAAAGGGUAGGGGCGUGCAUCUGGUUUAACCACAAUUUGCCUCAUGCAGUGUGACAUCUCCUUCACAUAGAGUUGAUCAGGCAGUUGAUUGUAGCCUGUGGAAUGUUGUCCAACUCCUCUUCAAUGGCUGUGCGAAGUUGCUGGAAAUUGGCGGGACAUGGAACAUGCUGUCGAUCCAGUGCAUCCGAAACAUGCUAAAUGGGUGACAUGUCUGGUGAGUAUGCAGACCAUGGAAGAACUGGGACAGCUUCCAGGAAUUGUGUACAGAUCCUUGCGACAUGGGGCUGUUCAUUAUCAUGCUGAAACAUGAGGUGAUGGCAGUGGAUGAAUGGCACGACAAUGGGCCUCAGAAUCUCGUCACGGUAUCUGCAUUCAAAUUGCCAUCGAUAAAAUGCAGUUGAGUUCAUUGUCCUUAUCUUAUGCCUGCCCAUAUAAUAACCCCACCACAACCAUGGUGCACUGUUCACAACGUUGACAUCAGCAAAACUCUCGCACACACAACACCAUGCACGCUGUCUGCCAUCUGCCCGGUACAGCUGAAACCGGGAUUCAUCCGUGAAGAGCACACAUCUCCAGCUUUCCAGUGGCCAUCGAAGUUGAGCAUUUGCUCACUGAAGUCGGUUACGACACCAAACUGCAGUACGGUCAAGUCCCUAGUGAGGAUGAGCAUGCAGAUGAGCUUCCCUGAGACGGUUUCUGACAGUUAGUGCUGAAACUCUUUAGUUGUGGGCUCCUGAGUGGCGCAGUGGUCUAAGGCACUGCAUCUCAGUGCUAGAGGUGUCACUACAGACCCUGUUUCAAUUCCAGGCUGUAUCAAAACUGGCCGUGAUUGGGAGUACCAUAGGGCGGCGCACAAUUGUCCCAGCUCCGUUCUGGUUAGGGUUUGGCCAGGGUAGGUCGUCAUUGUAAAUAAGAAUUUGUUCUUAACUGACUUGCCUAGUUAAGUAAUGGUUAAAUAAAAAACACUGUUUCAUCUGCUGCCGGGGUGGCUGGUCUGAGAUGAUCCCACAGGUGAAGAAGCUGAACAUGAAGGUCCUUGGCUGGCAUGGUUACACAUGGUCUGUGUUUGUGAGGCCGGUUGGGCGUACUGACAAAUUCUCUAAAAGGACGUCAGAGGCGCCUUAUGGAAAAGAAAUGAACAGUAAAUUGUCAGGGAACAGCUCUAGUGGACAUUCCUGCAGUUAGCAUGCCAAUUGUACGCUCCCUCGGAACUUGAAACAUCUGUGGCAUUGUGUUGCGUGACAACUGCACAUUUUAGUGAACUUUUGUCCCCAGCACAAGGUGCACCUGUGUAAUGAUCAUGCUGUUUAAUCAGCUUCUUGAUAUGCCUCCCCUGUAAGGUAGAUGGAUUGUCUUGGCAAAGGGGAAAUGCUCACUAACAAGGAUGUUAUGUUUUUUUAUUUUUUUUAUAAGCUUUUUGUGCAUGUGGAACAUUUCUGGGAUCUUUUAUUUCAGCUGAUGAAACAUGAGACCAACACUACAUUUUGCGUUUAUAUUUUAGUUCAGUGUAUUUGCAACCACCUGUAUAUAUUUAAGGCUUCUUUCACAUCACUUCUAGUCAUUCGUAGUUUCAUUAUCUAUGCAGUGGUUGGUUAUUGCCAAUAUUUGAGUUCCUGUCUGUAUCAGUGACAUGUAUUGAUGAGAGGUUUGAAUGCAGUGAUUUAAUAUAACCACACUUUGAGAAUGAGGACACGUGUCCUUUUCUAAUUAUGAUAGCAUUGUUAGGGCUCUGGUGGAAUAUAAAUGGUUGAUCAUGUUUUUUGUUCUUAUCUUUGGUGUAACACACAUUUGACAAAAUGUCAAACGAUGAAUUUGACACUUCCUUCAGUACAAAUGCAAUAGUUGCUCUAGUCUAUGUGCGGUGUUAAACCUAAAGUGUAUUUUACAUUUUGUAAAAGAGUUGUUAGGUUUUGUAUGCACAAAGACGGAAUUAACCAAAUGUUGAUGAUGCUUUGCGCCCUCCCACUAGUUACGACAAACUCCGAGCUGAAAUAAACCAUUACUUGUCUUCUGUC